AUGGACAAGAUGGACAAGUCUCAACCGGGCCUGUCCUCCCAUACGGAAAACGCCUCCGCCGGCUCCUCCAGCCACAUCGACUCCACCUGUAAGGGCCGCGUCGCCGGUGGAAAGUACCUCGAGGGACUCGAUGACAGCCCCGCCGCUCAGGCGGACGGCCCCCUGCAGACCGUGGACUUCGACAUGCCGUUGACCAAGACCGAGCGUAUCGUUCAGGACGGCAACCAGUACAUCGUCCUCGACUUCGUCCCUGGAGAUAAGGAGAACCCUUUCAACUGGGAUGGCAAGUACAAGGCUUUCAUCUCUGCCUUGCUCUGUCUGAUGACCUUGUUCAUCGGUCUCGCAACUACGGCCUACAGUUCCGGAUUGGGCGACAUGGCUUCCGAUCUGGGCGUUACUUCAGAAAUCGCCCAACUGGGUCUGUUCCUCUUCAACUUCGUCUGCGCUCUUGCUCCCCUCUUCCUGGCUCCAUUCUGUGAGUUGGCCGGUCGCCGUGUCAUCUACGUCGGCGCAUACUUCUGCUUCACCAUUAUGUUCAUCGGCCUGUCCCUGGGUAAGAACAUUGGUACCAUCCUUGUCUGCCGCGCCCUGCUUGGUCUGUUCGGUUGCGUCGGCACCAUCUUGGUCGGUGGUACCUUCGGUGAUAUGUACUACCCUCAGGACCGCGCCAUUCCCGUUGCCACUUUCUCCUGGAUCGCCAUCUUCGGUACCGUGGCCGCCCCGAUCUAUGCCGGCUUCAUCGACCAAGCCCUUCACUGGCGCUGGGUGGAGGGCAUUCAGGGUCUUGCCAACAUCCCUCUCGCCCUCGUCAUCCUCUUCUUCCUCCCCGAAACCCGUGGCAGUGUCGCCCUCGGCAAACGUGCCAAGGAGCUCCGCACCCACACCGGCGACGACCGGUACGUGACCGAGAACGACCUCGAGGCGCCUUCGCUCAAGCACAUGCUGCACAACUCCUCGGUUAAGGCGAUCAAAAUGCUCGUCACCGAGCCGGUCGUGUUCGCAUUCGGUCUCUGGAUCGCCUUCGCCUGGUUCCUCACCUUCCUGUUCCUCUCGGUUAUCCCCAUCACCUUCCAGGAGAAGAAGGGCUGGAACGAGGGUGUGUCUGGUCUGCCGUACAUCGGUCUCUGCAUCGGCUGCACCAUCGGAUUCGGCCUCAACUUCUUCCAGAUUCGCAAGUACAACGAGCUAUUCCAGGCGGGCAAGGCCCGGCCUGAGUCCCGUCUGUACGGCGCCCUGUACGGUGCCGUCUGGCUCCCCAUCGGCCUGUUCAUCUACUCCUUCACCCAAUACGCGGAACUUCCCUGGAUCGCGCCCGUCAUCGCCCUGGUAUUGAUCUGCAUCGGUAUCUUCUUCAUCUUCGAGAGUUGCUACAGCUACACCUCCGACUGCUACGGCGAGAGCUCUUCCUCCGCCAUUGCCGGCCAGGGUUUCAUGCGUAACACCCUGGGUGCUGUCUCGCCCCUCUUCGCCUCGCAGUUCUUCCACAACGUCGGCAGCCAGUACGCCGGCUUGAUUCUGGCGCUGAUCGCCACCGCCCUGACUCUGAUCCCGUACGUCCUGUUCAUGUACGGACCCAAGCUGCGGCUCAAGUCCAAGUUGGCCAGCCGGGUCAGCCAUGCCGGUGAAGACCUCGAGAAGGUCUAAUGAUGUGAAAUGAACGAGAGAAAUUUGAUUUUUUUGGAUCCUGCCGGUCAGGGUUGCUUGACCAGGCCAUGUUAGCCAUGCAUUUUGUUUGAAGUACAUAAGAUCAUGCCAGGGUUUGAUGCCCUCAAUGUUUUGCACAUACAUAAAUCUAUUAUCAUAUGAAUCCAAGCAAUUUCC